UUGCUGAUCACCGGCAUCCCCAUUGUUCUCACUUUUUUCCUAGCUUAAAUCCAUUAACUAUAUCAUCCUUUUUGUUUGUGUGUGUGUGUUGUGAGAGAGAAUAGGUUUUCCGCCAGAGAGAGAGAGAGAGAGAGAGAGAGAGUGCGGAGGAGGGGUGGUGCAAUAAAUGGAAUUGAGGUUGUGGCAGCGGCAGCGAGGGUUUGCAGUCUCCAUGGCGGCGUUGCAGUGGCUCUAAUUCCAUGUCUUAAAUAUAACUCUCCAAAGAGAGAAAGAGGAGAGAGAAGGGAAGUGAUUUGGAACGAUCAAAGAACAAGAGAGAGAGAGAGAGAGAGAGUGAGUGAGAAGAGAGGGAGAGUAGUUCUGCUGCAGCCGCUGCUGCUACUGCCGCUGCGUCCCCUCCCUCUCUCUCUCUCUCAGUAGUUAGAGAUCGGAGAAAACAAAAAGCAGACAAUAUUAGCAGUGAAGUAGCAACGAAGCCAGCAUAUCAAGAACGGCCCUUUUACUGCUCUACAAGGAUAGAAGUAACUCUCUAGAGGGCAGAGCGUAGACGAGGAGGAGGCGAAGGGGGAUCGAUCGAUCUUGCUAUGGAUUUAAAACUUCCAGAGGAGGGAGCAUGGCAGGAUUCUCUCUAGGUGGGGGAAGCAGGCAAGGAGGGGAAGAAGGUAUCCCACCUGAGAGCUUAUUCCUCUACGGCAGCGGAUCAAGCGGCGUCGGUGGUGGUGGCAGUAGAAACGAAGAGAUCACCUACACGAGAGGCUUCGAGCUAUGGCAGCAGCACCAGCAGCAAAUCCAGCGGCAGCAGCAGCACCAUCUGUACACCUCCACCCCCGGGCUCCUCUCGUUCUCGGAUGAGCCGCUGCAAGCUGGUGGAGCUAUUGGCCGCACGAUAAGCAUGAGGGGCAGCGGCGGAGGGGGGAUGAGCUGCCAAGACUGCGGCAACCAGGCCAAGAAGGACUGCGUCCACAUGCGGUGCCGGACCUGCUGCAAGAGCCGCGGCUUCCAGUGCCCCACGCACGUCAAGAGCACUUGGGUCCCAGCUGCGAAGCGCCGCGAGCGCCAGCAUCAGCUCGCCGCCGCCGCUGCCCUUCAGCAGCAAUCUCAGCGUCUCCGAAUCGGUGGAUCGACCAGCGGAGCUCCCACCGGAGGAAGUGGAGGUGGUGGCAGUGGAGGAGAGCCUUCCAAAAGGCCAAGGGAGAUAGCCACCCGCCUCCCCACCGCCAUCACCACCACGUCAUCAGGAGGCGGCGGGAUGGAGGCCGUGAGCUUCCCCACCGAGGUGAGCUCGCCGGCAGUGUUCCGGUGCGUGCGGGUCAGCCCGAUGGACGACGCCGAGGACGAGUUCGCAUACCAGACCGCCAUCAGCAUCGGUGGGCAUGUGUUCAGGGGCAUCCUCUACGACCAGGGCCCGGAUUCCCAGUACCCUUCGACUCCUCGCGCCCUCCACGGUGAAUCCUCGUCCUCCACGGCCGCCGCUGCUAUUACCACCGCAGCUGCUAUUGCAACUAGCCUUCCUGCUGCACCCACUAGCUCGACAACCCCGGCGGCUUCCACCGGAUUAUUGGAUCCAUCCGCCCUUUAUACCACUCCACUUAGCGCCUUCAUGGCGGGCACCCAGUUCUUCCCGCACCACCCAAGGCCUUAGAGAGCUAAGAACUCACCAAGGCUGGCAAGGUAGAUCAUCAUUUACAUCUAGAGCUAAGCUAGCUAUGUGCUUCUCUCAGAAUUUAGAACCAGUGGUAGUGUCUUAUUCUUGUUUCCAGUUUUCUAUAUAUCUUAGACGAUGUGUCCUAUUAAAUUUCCUCCAAGGCGAUUGCAUCUAAUUAACGUCAUGACUUAGCUUUCUCCUACUCCUCUCACUCUAAGCCUUUUGACUUCUCGGGAUCACAAUCUACUAGUGUACUCUUCUUGCGGGGUUCACCCUUAAGGCCCUGCCGGGGUUGGAAAUGGACGACCACAAAAACAUUGAGUUCGUUUGAAGUAGUUAGGCAACAGGUAGACCAGCAAGCAAAGGAUUCCUUUGUUCUUAAUGGCUUACUUGCCUCCUGUUUUUUUAAGAGUAUCAUAUGCCAAGCUAUCCUUUCUUUUAUCUUGCUUGAGGUCAUGUCUCAGCCCCGAGGGCAGAAAGUCACAGGCCAUGCAUGGCAUGGGGAUAUGGAAUCAAGUUAUAGUGGAAACCUCACAUUCUGCUUCGCCUGUCUAUCCUGUCCCUUCGUUGUUUGCAUGCAUUACUUCUUUAUUUGAGGUGCAUAGGAUAUCCCUCCUCUCUCUGUCUCUCACUCGUCUCUUUCUCUCUUUGGCCUGGAUAUAAGGAAGAAUGACAAGAAAGCAUGAUAACGGCAGAGGCUUUGGAGAAAGAAACUGGCUGGAUUUGCGAGCUGACAUUUUAUCUCUCUCAUCAAUCUUAUCUUUUGCCAGAAACCAUAUCAUAUGCUAGCCUCUUGUCAGACAAAGGUCGUCGUUGUUCAGAUCUUUCUCUAUUUCUCCCAGAUGCAUUGAAAAUGGGAAUUACCUUCCUGAGUCAAUUCUAUUGGGUUCUUUCUCGUCUU